AUGUUCAGUCAGCUUCGCGAUUUCGGCUGUACCAAUUGGGAUGGGGCGAUGGGAGGUGGCUCCCGACCCGGCGUGGAAAGCCCGCCCCAGAAGGCUGUGGGUAACAUGAUCCUGGUCCCGAGAAUCCAGCACAAGAACCCUACCACUACUCGUGCUUCUGUUCUAUCCAUACAUUACUACGUAAAGGGUGGGUGUGAACGUAGGGUCGUUUUCCCUUAUUGUUGUCGACGUAGCGAGUCGAGCCGCCCAACCGAGCGAAUUCUGGUAGCUUGUGUCGAUAGAACGACCCCUCCUUGA